GUUACGUCUUUUCCUUCGUAUUCAAUUUCAUAUUUAAUUUUAUGAUAAAUUUGCCUUACUUCAUGGUUUGAUGUAACAAAUAAUUUAAAAUAAUAUAAAUAUGUAUUUAAUUCCUUUUUAAAUUUAUUUAAUAUAUUAUUAGGUCGAGUCAUAAAUAAUACAGAUUCUACCUAGCUUCCGACGCAAGUAGGUAGAAUCUGUGUUCGUAUCUAUCCAUUAUAAAUCAGCGGGACAAACGAGUUUUUUGUUUCCACUAAAUAGAUAAGGGUUCAGUUAGUCUUCUGAUAACUGUUUUGUGUGGUGCACGGUUCAUUAAAUUGUUCAUAACCUCUAAAAUGGAGAGUGAAAAAAUGCAUAUUUGUCGUGUAAUACUUUGGAAAUUUAAAUAAGGCAAUAGUGUUAAGGCGACAGCUGAAAAAAAAAUGCAGUGUAUACGGUGAAGGUCUAAUAAGUGAUCAGGCGGUUAGAAAUUGGUUUGCCAAAUUCCAUUCUGGAGAUACGACUUUAAAGGAUGAACCGAGGGUAGAACAUUCUUCCGACCUUGACGACAACCUUUUAAAAAGAAUAUUGGAACAAAAUCCACGUCAAUCAACAAGAGAUAUAGCAGGAAGGUUGAAUACAUCACAAUCAACUGUUUGCUUCCACUUGGAGAAAUUAGAGAUAGUCAGCAAGUUAGGAGUAUGGGUACCUGACAAUCUCAGUGAACGAAAUAAAGAAGAUUGCAUGUCAAUCGCUACAAGUCUGCUAUCACGGGUAAAAGCAGAACCUUUUUUAGACAAGAUUGUAACAGGCGAUAAAAAUGGGUUACCUAUGAAAAUAUCGUAGAAGACAAUGAUUUGAUAAGAAUCAACUACCCCUUCAAGAUCCAAAAGCAAACAUCUAUGGAAAAUAGAUUUUAUUGUGUGUACGAGGGCGGUCCGAUAAGUACUUAGCCUCACUGCCCGAUGAUGCCAGUAUCGCAAGAGAGAUUUACUAUCGUGUAGUACAUUCUCGUAGACGGCUACUGUCAAAAUUUCAGCCAAAUCGGACUCGUAGUUUUGUUUUGACCGCGUGUGGAAGCGGGCGUGUCCGCGGAUUUUAGAAAAAUGGAAAAAGAGCAAUAUCGGUUGGUGAUUCGAUUCUUGUUUUUGGAAAGAAAAUCGCGCAGCGAAAUCAAAGAGCGCUUGGAUGCUGUGUACGGUGACUCUUCUCCUUUGAUGGCGACCGUCAAAGAUUGGUUUAACGAGUUUCAACGUGGUCGCACGUCGGUUUUUGAAGAGCCACGCCCAGGUGCCCCGAAAAUGGCUACCACGGAGGAUAACGUGACAAAAGUCCACGAUCUCAUAUUGGCAGACCGUCGAUUGAAGGUGCGCGAGAUAGCUGAAAUAGUAGGCAUCUCAAAAGACCGCGUGGGUCAUAUCCUGCAUGAAAUUUUGGGCAUAAGAAAACUGUCGGCGCGAUGGGUGUCGCGUUUGCUCACUCCGGACAACAAGCGCAACCGUGAGACCACUUCAGAGCAGUGUUUGACGCUGUUUAAGCGCAAUCCGAAGGAGUUUCUGCGUCGAUUCGUGACCGUCGACGAAACAUGGAUCCACUGGUACACACCAGAGACCAAGGAACAGUUGAAACAGUGGACUUCACCCGGCGAACGUGCUCCGAAGAAGGCAAGACUAUCGGCCGGAAAGGUAAUGGCCACCGUUUUCUGGGAUUUACAAGGUGUGAUCUACAUCGACUACCUGGAGAAGGGCAAAACGGUCACAGGGCUCUACUAUGCCGAAUUAUUGGGUUGAUUCGACGCCGAAUUACAGAAAAAACUGCCCCAUUUGGCGAAGAAAAAAGUGCUCUUCCACCAUGACAACGCUCUGGCUCACACCUCCGCCGUCGCCACGGCCAAAUUGGUCGAAUUGCACUACGAACUGCUGCCCCAUCCA